GCAUCACCGUCGAAAAACGCGGAUUGGGUGGCCUCCACCUUGACCCACCGCUUCGGCCUCAGCACCGUGCUUACUUGAGAUGCUUUCCCCGCCACUUCUUCGAGGGUCACCGCAUCUCGUUGGAGUUGAAGGGCCUGGUCAUCGAAAGUUGUCUUCUAUUUCAGAUAUUGUUUCACAACAUAAUCAUUUGAGUGCAAGGGAGCCUCUGGCUAUGCUAUCAAAAUCCCUGGGCUCAAGAUGGCCAUCAAGGGAUGCAAUCUUCAAUGAUCUUGUCAAGCUUAUAGCAUGUCUUGACCUCUCUAUGAAUAAAAAAUUAGAUACUACUAGAGGCUGUGUUGUUUUCUCUGUUUGGGACUCUAUACAGAACUUAAUUAUUUCUUUGUUCUUCUGAUGAGACUUUGACCUCCCUGACCUAAUGCUGCAUUUCAAGUGAACAUAUAUCUUGUUCGAGUCUCGAAUGAGCUAGGAGUUGGGAAUCUAAAAGUGGCGAAGUUCUCAGUAUUUGUUGUCACAGUCAUAUCACUGAACAUACAGACUACUUCUGUGAUUAUAAUCAUAGUAACAAAAGAGGAUUUUCCCAAACUUUUCACGGAGAACGAAUUUGUUAGGGAGAGAGUGAGCAAAGUUGCUUACUACCUUUGUGCUUCAAUUUUUUCUUGGAAGCAUACAACCUGUUAUAUCAUGUGUUUAUAAUCUCUACUUCCCUUCUCCACUGUUAGUUGAAUUGGAUUAAGGAGAGAAUGAAUUGGAUUGCUCCCUUUUUUUAUUUUA